CACAGCCUACUUCAGGUGUAGCUACUGGGACAGCUAGACUAGCGCGGGCUGCCAUUGCCAACGACAGCGUCUACCUGUGUAUGUUUAGAUACCCGUGUAUACACAAGCGACUUUCCACGGUCGCGUCGUGAAGGGUCCGAGGGGCUUCGAGAACCUCCCAACACCAGUUGGUCAUCAGGUCGGACCGUGCCCGAUGGGAUUGUGGAGGGAAGAAGCGCGGGCGCGACCCUGCGACCUCCGAGGGAUGGUGUCCGGGGUGGCCGCCGUGCUGCGUCCGCUGGCGCUGGACGUCGACCCCGCCUCCGACAGACCGAUCCCUAAAAUAACGUAUGCGAUAUUGGCGGUGCUACUGACGGUCUACUAUUACAUCUACUUGUGCUCCAUCACAUGGUUCGUGUUCGUGCGAUGUCCGCAGACCGGCGACCUGGCUGCUGCCUCCAUCGUCUUCUCCCUCGGAGUGUCUAGCGAGAUCGGUGCAAUCAAACUCUUCAUCAUGUACGUCUACAGAGCGAAGCUGCGUGACAUAACGGGCGAGUACCUGCAGUGCGAGGCGGACAUGGCGCCGGGCCGGCUGCGCGCGCGCGUGGGCCGCUCCCUGCGCACCGUCAGGAGACGGGCCUUCGUCUACUGGCUGGUGUUGGUAGUCAACGCGUUCGCCUAUGACUUGAUGCCCGCUUUCUUACCCGGAAGACAUCUCUCUGAAGACGUCUUUGUUAUUUACGGAUUCGAGCCGAUGUUUGAAUCGCCAAACUUCGAAAUAGCGUCAACCCUGAUGGGCGUGUCGGUGGUGUUCAUCUGUUACACGGCGGGGAGCAUCAGCGCCUUCCUCAUCGUCAUCGUAGGCUACUCCGAGGCGACCAUGCUGGCGCUCAGCGACGAAAUCAGCUGCGUGUGGGACGACGCGUGCGCCUCCGAAUGUCAACAGCCAGACGACUUUAUCAGGGCACGUCUUGGAAAGAUCGUCGCGAUCCACACGAAGCAAAUCCGUCUCAUCCGUGAGGUCGAGGUCGUGUUCCGCGGCGCGCUUGCAGGCGGCUUCGCGUGCGUCGCGUUCGGUCUCAUCGCGGCGCUGCUCGGGGGGCUCGAGAACACAUUCUUGCAGUUGCCUUUCUGCGUCAUUCAAAUAUCAGUGGACUGCUUCGUUGGACAGCGACUGCGGGACGCCAACGUCGCGUUCGAGACGGCCGUGUACAACUGCAAAUGGGAAUACUUCGACAAAUCUAAUAUGAAGACGGUGCUGCUGAUUCUGCAGAACUCCCAGAAGACGAUGGGCUUGACGGCGGGAGGGGUGGCCGCGCUCGACUUCACCUCGCUCAUGACCAUAUUCAAGUCUGUGUAUUCGGCGUACACCACUCUUAGACCGAUGAUUAACAAACGCAAUUAACUCUUGCAUUGAUUAAUAGUACAAAUGAUAAAAACAGUUUACUAUUACUAUUUAAUGCACGAAAUUAUAUGUAUAAUUAUAUCUUAUUUUAAUUCACUUGAUGCGUCGCUGUCCAGCGUUAGUUAGUAAGCAAUGGUAGUGCGUUCUGCUUCAGCCCGUAUGUUCUAUGAUAAGUUAACUUACAGAAAUAAAUUAUUACUUAUCAAAA